UUUCUCCUUUUCCUCCUCUGCAAAGCUCCGGUCGACGGCCGAUCCCCACGGCCACAGGGAGAGACCCCACUUCGCCUAGAUAUCUCAAAGCCGUCUUCUUCCUCCUACGCUUCAAAUCGAGGAAUCUCAUUUGUUUUGCUCAGGAAGGGCGGGAGGUGGGGAGGGGGAUCUCUGGCUGUGGCGUAGGAUUGGGAUUCUUGACUUGAGGGGGGAUUCUUGAUCGUAUUUUCUUUCUCUUUUUGGGGUUUGAAUGGCUGCUCCACCUGCUAGGGCUCGGGCCGACUACGAUUACCUCAUCAAGCUUCUCCUGAUAGGCGACAGCGGAGUUGGGAAGAGUUGCCUCCUUUUGCGUUUCUCUGAUGGCUCCUUCACAACAAGUUUCAUUACUACCAUAGGUAUUGAUUUUAAGAUAAGAACUAUUGAGCUAGAUGGCAAGCGUAUUAAACUGCAAAUCUGGGAUACUGCUGGUCAAGAGCGCUUUCGAACUAUAACAACUGGUAGGUUUAUUGUUUUUCUGAAGUUUGCGUUUUGCAUGGUAUCCAAAAGCUUUGCUGGAUUAACUUGUAUUUUCUUCUACCGUACAGCUUACUAUCGAGGUGCCAUGGGUAUUUUGCUUGUUUAUGAUGUCACUGAUGAGUCAUCUUUUAACAACAUAAGGAAUUGGAUCCGCAACAUUGAACAGCAUGCUUCUGAUAAUGUCAACAAGAUUCUUGUGGGUAAUAAGGCCGACAUGGAUGAGAGCAAGCGGGCUGUGCCUACCGCAAAGGGACAAGCGCUUGCUGAUGAAUACGGAAUCAAGUUUUUUGAAACAAGUGCAAAGACAAAUUUGAAUGUGGAACAGGUCUUCUUUUCGAUAGCUAGAGAUAUCAAGCAAAGGCUUGCGGAAACAGAUUCAAAAUCUGAGGAUAAGACAAUCAAGAUUAACAAACCAGACCAGGCAACCGCUGAGGGUUCCGCAGCACCAAGGUCGGCAUGCUGUGGGUCUUGAGAGAAUGAUUUGGGGUGGUUGUGAUGGACUGGAUUUAGCUGGGAAAAAUGUUUUGCUUGUAGGCAGGCAGCUGUGGAGAUGUGGUUGGUGCUUGUAAUUUUAAUCCAUCUAUUCUUAGCCACAUUGGGUUUUAGACUGGUGAACCGAACUGACGUUUCUCACACUCUUGGUAUCGCAAACCUGCAUUUCCUGUUC